GCAACCAGUAGCAUGACGAUUUAUCGCGGCGUGUAUUAUAAUACGAAUUGGUGUGGGUAACCGUCGUGCAGUUGUAUACCUCGGUAGUGCGCGAUAAACCGUCGACGUCCAGUUAGGCACGUACCGCCCGGCCGUACGCUGUAUAAUAUAUACCGACCGACCGCGCAGCAACAAAUAUUAUUAGUAUUGUUUUAGAGCCGCUUUAGUGCUAUAUUGCCGUCGUCGCGACCACGCGUUCCGUCCGUUGAGUUUUCGGGCCGCCGAGUGCCGCGAGUUUCGGGUUUAUAUAUUUUUGUUUUUUUGCCCACGAGUUUCGCGUGCGCGCCCGCUACGGUGGUAUGCGCCGACCCUGUCGCCACUGCAGGACGAAGUGAUGUUAUCGAUGAACAGACCUAUUAUCUAUCAGACGACAAACAUGGGAAUGCACAACAACACGUGCGGCGGCGGCGUAGUCAACGGCGGCGUCGGCGUCAGCGGCAGUGGCGACAUGAUGUCGUACGCCACGCACACGCCGACCACUGCCGACGAUUAUUACGGCGGUGCCAGCGGACUGGUGGCCGACUACGACCUGCCGCAGUGUCUGGGCGGCCGGCCGCCGCUGGAACCGGCUUACGCGGCCGAGUGUGGCGUUUACUACGAGAAGAACGCGUCGGCGGCCGAUUACCGGUCGUAUUAUGGGGGUGGCGGCGGCGGUGACGGUGCCUACGAUCAGCUGGCGGUCGACGGUGGCAGUUACCAUGCCCAUCACCAACACCACCACCAUCACCAUCAGCACCACCACCAGCACGGUCAUCACAAUCACCAACACCCGCUGCAGUCAGCCGAAGCGGCCGUCAUCAUUACGUCGUCCGACGGUCUGAGCUACACAAACUUGGACUGUAAUGGCAUUGCGUCCGCCGUGCACGGCCAAGACUACGGUACGUAUUCGGACGACGGCGGCGGCGGCGGCGGUUACAACGGUUACGGUGGCCAUCAUCGGGACGACAACGCCGUCCGUAACGAGUCGUAUUGUGGUGGCGGCGGUGCGUCCGUGGACAAUGCGUUCUUCAACAUGCACCUGAACCACAACAACGAACACUCGGCCGCCGGACGACAAGCGGUGCAGCAGUCGCGGCCGCCGUCCGCGCAACCUCCGCCGCCACCGGUUCAGUCGUCCGCUCAGACCACGGCCACCGUGGCUGCGUCCCCGCUACAGCUGCAGCCCACCUCGACACCCGGCGACGACCGGUGUCCACGCGUCAUCAAGCAGGAAGCGUCCUCCGGCGGCCAGUGUUACGGCGGCCGAGACGGUACGUCGCCGUACAGUGACGACGCGUCCGCGUACCGCACCUCCAUGAUCGCCGGUCAACCGCAGCAACACGUCCAACAGCAGCAGCAACAUCACCACCACCUCCAUCACCAACAGCAGCAACAGCAUCACCAACACCACCAUCACCAACCACAACAGCAGCAGCAGCAACAUUGUGGCCGGCCAAACAGUGGUGCCCAGCAAAAGCACGGAGCCGCUACAGUCGCAGCUUCAUCGGCCGUCCAGACGGCGGUGCCUACUUACAAGUGGAUGCAAGUCAAACGAAAUGUUCCUAAACCAGCUGUGAUGAAAACCGAAUACCAUCAUCAUCACCAUCAACACCAAAUGCAGGCGGCCAAUCCGGCGGCGGUGGCGUUCGGCGGCACCCAGUCAAUGAUGUCGGCGGCCGGCCACCACCCGGGCCUGCAGAUGUCGGCGGCGGACGCGGCCCGCGGCGGUGGUAGCGGCCAGCAACAGCAGCAACAACAGCAACUGCAGAACAUGUUGAACCAGUCGUCGGUUUCCGUGACCCGUUCGCAGGCAAUCGGUGGCGGCGGCUGCGGUGGCAACAGCGCGGCGAUGAUGCUGAUUAACAACACUGGCCGCACCAACUUCACCAACAAGCAGCUAACCGAGUUGGAGAAAGAGUUUCACUUCAACCGGUACCUUACCAGGGCCCGGCGGAUCGAGAUCGCGUCUGCGCUUCAGCUCAACGAGACCCAGGUGAAGAUAUGGUUCCAGAACCGGCGGAUGAAACAGAAGAAACGGCAGCGGGAGGGCCUGCUUCCGGUGGCCCAGCAACAGCACCACCUACAGCAACAACAACAACAACAACAACAGGAGACCAUGCACCUGAGCGGCGCGAGUAGCACCAGCAACUCGCCGACGGCGUCCUCGAACGUGUAAUGUCCGGACGCAGAAGUCCGAGAGGCCGUGAAUUAUAACGUGUGGCCUCGCGACACAUUACAUUAACCCUUUGACGAGCGAUGACGUUUACACACUUUUUAAAGGUUAUGUAUAUCCACGUGUGUCCUUAUGAUUUACUUCUCAAAGGGUUAUUAUACACGAUAGAUAAAAUUGUGCACGAGUGUGCUGUUGUGAUCCGAUUGUGAAACGUAUAUACAGAUCCAUACAUAGACAUACUCUGGCCACGCCCCCGACGUCGUAGAUUCUGUGGCACGAGGUACUGUAGUCUAUAGUCUAUAGUAAAAUUAAUAAGAAGUAUGGUCGACACGGUACGCAUUUUCGUCCCAGUUCGCGCAUGUGCAUCUCUUGACUUUUUGUGCAUUCGGUUUGUCGAGGAUAGCCAGGGUGAUGAGAGACGUUUGCUUGACUUUUUACUUAUUGCCCUCAUCCAAAUCGAGCACACUUCUAAUUCAUUUUACUAUGAUGUAGUCUGCAGUAAUAAAAACUCUCCGUUGGCACUACUGCAACGACUCUACGCGUUUUUUAUCUACCUAUCUGAUUUUCCAACUGAUUCUGUUCAUUGUAUGGAUCUUUCAGAAUUGAUUUUAAUCGAGUAUAAUAAUAAUAACAUUUUUAUAAGAUAAUCGGGGAUUGUAUCUGAUCUCGGUUGAAAAUGAAUAAUACAUUCCUCGAAAUAUGCAAUAAAAUUAGAGCAUCAUAUAAUAUAUUAUAUUGGGAACUGUAGGUGGUGUAACG